AUGCAUCCUAGUGACAUUGAGAAGAUAGCCUUCAGAACUCAUCAUGGACACUACGAGUUCUUGGUGAUGCCUUUCGGUCUCACAAAUGCUCCUUCAACAUUCCAAACACUUAUGAAUGAGGAUAAUUUAGAAAUUGUAUUCUCUAUAUUAGAAUCUCACCAACUCUAUGUCAAAUAUGAGAAAUGUGACUUUGCGCAAAAGGAAGUCAGGUACCUAGGUAAUGUAAUAUCAAGUGCAGGUGUAGCAGUAGACCCAGAAAAAAUUGAAACAAUGCAACAAUGGCCAAAGCCGGAAUUACUUAAAGCAUUGCGAGGGUUCUUGGGUUUAACCGGUUAUUACUAUAAAUUUAUCCAGAAUUACGGUAAAAUUGCAGCUGCACUUACGAAUAUGCUUAAGAAAGAUUCGUUUCAAUGGAGUUUGCUCGCUGAAAAAGCAUUUCAGAAACUCAAGCUAAUGGGGUAUGAUUUUACCAUUGUGUACAAAAAGGGGAAAGAAAAUGUUAUUGAUGAUGCACUCUCCAGGAGAAGUCAACUAGAAGAAGAAAAAGCUUAUGUCCUAUCUCUGCCAUCGCCCAACUGGAUUGAGGUUAUAAAAGACGAAACCAGGUCAGAUCCUCCCUUAAAAGGCUUGUUCAGUUAG